UCAGUAGGGCAAAGGUAACCGGGGCUGGAGCUGCUCUCUGCGGACAACGACACAGCGGAAUCCGCCUGCUAUAUAAAGAUAUCGCCCCUGCGUGGAUACAGAAAGCUAAAGCCAACGUAUCCUGAAGAAGUCUGAAUUCCUUCCAGGGAGAAGAAAUGGCUAAUUUGUCAGAGUCUCUGCCGGAGCGGACCUUUGAGUACCAAAGCAGCCUGCCAUCCCUGCCUGUCCCAUCACUAGAGUCGAGCCUUUCAAAGUACCUGGAUGCAGUUUGCCCAUUUGCAUCUGAGGAAGAGUUAAAGGCUACAGCAGACAUUGUGAGAAGAUUUCAAGCAGGUGUUGGAAAAGAGCUGCACCAGAAACUGCUGCAGAGAGGCAGGGAAAAGAAGAACUGGCUGGAAGAAUGGUGGUUAGACGUUGCAUAUCUGGAAGUCCGCAUCCCCUCUCAGCUGAAUGUGAACUUUGGAGGGCCCGCGCCGUACCUGGAGCACUGCUGGCCUCCUGAAGAGGGAACUCAACUGCAGAGGACCAGUAUCAACCUCUGGCAUACUCUACAGUACUGGGACCUGAUCCGCACAGAGAGGCUGCAUCCUCAGAAAGCUGGUAAAGUACCAUUAGAUAUGGACCAGUUCAGAAUGCUGUUCUGCACCUGCAGAGUACCUGGAGUGAAGAAGGACACCAUUCGUUACUACUUCAAGACCGAAAGUGAAGGUCCGUGCCCCUCCCAUGUGGUAGUGAUGUGUCGUGGACGGAUCUUCACAUUUGAUGCCAUUUGUGAUGGACAAAUCCUCACUGCUCCAGAAAUACUCAGGCAGCUGAUCUAUGUGAAAGAGUGCUGUGACGGAAAGCCAGAGGGAGACGGAGUGGCUGCUCUCACCUCAGAGGAGAGGACUCGCUGGGCGCUGGCCAGAGAGCAUCUAAUAAAUAUUGAUCCCCACAAUAACACCAUCCUGGAGACCAUUCAGAGCAGCUUGUUCGUCGUAUCUCUGGAUGAAACAAAAACCUACGCAACUCCAGAGAACUACACAAACUUGACCAUGCAGGCCCUGACAGGCAACCCCACCAUCCGCUGGGGUGACAAAUCGUACAAUUCACUUUCCUUUGCUGAUGGCACCUUUGGAUCCACUUGUGAUCAUGCACCAUAUGAUGCCAUGGUAAUGGUGUCUCUGAUUUGGUAUCUGGACCAACAAAUCAAAGUUACAGGAGGCAAAUGGAAGGGCUCAGAAGCAGUCAGACCCAUACCCCGUCCUGAGGAGCUGGUGUUUACUGUGGAUGAAAAGGUCCAGAGAGACAUUAGUCUAGCCAAACAGAAGUACUUUGAGUCGACACAGGACCUGCAGAUUGUGUGUUACGCCUUCACAGCGUUUGGAAAAGUAGCCAUCAAACAGAAGAAAUUGCAUCCAGACACCUUUGUUCAAUUAGCAAUGCAGCUGGCCUACUAUAAACUGCACAAAAAGCCAGGAAGUUGUUAUGAGACCGCAAUGACUCGCAAGUUCUACCACGGCAGGACGGAGACGAUGAGACCUUGCACCCAGGAGGCUUUGAACUGGUGUAAAACCAUGACGGACCCCACGUGUGAUGUUGAGGCCAAGAGGAAAGCCAUGCUGCUGGCCUUCAAUAAACACAACAAGCUGAUGUUUGAAGCCCAGGAGGGAAAAGGUUUUGACAGGCAUCUUCUUGGGCUGUAUCUUAUCGCUAAAGAGGAGGGACGUCCCACUCCAGAACUCUUCAUGGAUCCCCUCUAUGCAAGGAGUGGUGGUGGCGGUAACUUUGUGCUGUCGUCCAGUCUGGUGGGAUACACGACCGUUAUUGGGGCCGUGGCUCCCAUGGUGCACCAUGGGUACGGCUUCUUCUACCGCAUCAGAGAUGACAGGAUUGUGGUCUCUGUCUCAGAGUGGAAGUCUUGCCAUGAGACAGACGCUGCGUCACUAUUCAACAGCUUCUCUAGCUCCUUGCAUGAGAUGCUCCACCUGGCCACCACAUCGCAGCUAUAAGUACUCACAGCGACAUAUGAAUGCACACAGGGUUUCCAAACGGCUGAUAGCUGUUCAUAGAUAGUCCUGAUUGUUGUGAGCACAGAUCAAUGCAAACAUACAGAAUCGGCACUCAUAGGUGGAAGCCACAGGCAUUAAAAAUAGAUAAACUUUGCUUGUUGUAGAUAAAUAUGAUUCUCUAAAAUUGUUGUUGUAAAUUGUUCUUUUCUGAGUAUGUGUUUCCUGAUUUUGAUUGUUAUGAUUGUUGUGUAAAUAGUUUUAAGAAUGUUUAAUUUUAAAUCCAGACAGUAUUAUUCCACAUUUAAGCUAAGCUAAUGCUAAAAGGCUCAAUACCUUUUUUAUCUUUGUCCGUCUGUGGGUUAAUACUGCUGGCUGUUUCCACUGUUGGCCUUAGAUUCUUCUGUCAUAAUACUGCAAUAUGCAUUCCAAUUAAACCCAGAAUAAAUCACUUUCAUUUACAUUAAAUCACAUUGAUUUACCUUGUUUAAAGGCUAAUUUUGGUGAAAAUCUAGAGCAAUAUGCAACAACAGAAUUCUACUAAUGUUGGACUGGAAUUGAAAAGCAUUUUUGAAGCAUCUGUAAACAUCUUCUUAUUGUUUGUUUUAUCUUUUGGCUUAUAAGAUCAAAAUACUAAACAAGUUUUGAAAGUCAUAUUAGAUGGGCAUUAAACACAGUUCCUAACAUGCUUCAGAUCUAACAGCCAUGCAGGUUUGGAUUAGCUGUUGACAUUACUCUGUGACUCUGUACUUUAGUUUAUUUGAAUGUGGGAAGUGUUGAGGUCUCAGGACUUAAACAUGUAAAAAUGUACACUUUAAACUCAGUUUGACUUGAAAUUGUACAAAAACUAAGGGUUGUCUUCCAGUGUAGAGGUGCCUCACAUUAUUUUGUAAUACUUCAGUUCAUCAGUUGGUUUGCAGAUUGUUGCCUUGUUUUUUUUUUUAUAUAUAGCCAAAACCUCACUUAACUGCACCUUUCAGGACUUACAAACUAUGCAGCUUUCCGUUAUUUGUUUCCUCUGUCUGUCAAGUUAAAGAUGGCUGAAUGUCUCUAACUUUACUUUAGAACAACUGCUGUAAGAAUAAAGAAGCCUUAAAAACUGUGAUCACACACACACACACACACACACACACACACACACAAGGAGAACGCUUUUUGAAUGGCAAAAUGUGAAUAAGAUUGUACUUCCUUUCAAAUCAUAAUAAAAAAUAGCUUGACAUUUUAAAUACAUUUUUAUCAUUCCAAAAAUUAAAUGUGAUUUGGAAAUGUCGCAAAAUCUUUCUGACAAAUAAAAAUGUGAGAUUUACAUGUUUGACUGUUCAGUAAGUAGGUGAUGGUUCAAUAACUGAAUAUAAAAUGUAAUUGUUACAUAUAGGCUUUUAUUUUAUAGAAAACAUUGCAUUUAUAGAAACAAAAGAUGAUUGAUAGUGAUUGCAACCAUUUAACAUUAAUAAAAAAUAAAAUAAAAUCUG